UAGAAGUUGGACGAGACAACUACGUCACUUCCUUUUUCCGCAGUAGCGUCACUAGCCGUUUCCUUGCUAAGCUAGCAGGCCGCUCAGUGCAGGAAUUCUUAAAAGAUGGCCGAUUUAAACACUUUUAAAGACGAAGUCACGGUCGUCGUGAGACGCCUGGGCAGGACGCUGAUGGCGGAGGUACUGAAGGCGGCGGGGGAAGUCUCUGUGACCGAACAAAGACCCGAAACAGAGGAAAAACUCAGUAAUCUGGUGGACAGUUUGUGUGUUGAAGCUGUUGAUAAAAUCCUGAAGAUCCUUCAGAUGGUUUCUGUGGAUCCAGGUGAAGAUCUGACAGAUCCACCUGGAGACCUGACGGAUCCACCUGGAGACCUGACGGAUCCACCUGGAGAUCUGACGGACGCCGGUGAUGUCAGCGUGUUUCCUGCUGCAGGUGGAGGCGGCGGAGCGGAGCGCCCCCCCACAGGACAGACCUUCAUCCUGGUGUACAGGAGCGCCGCCGCCGCCGAGCGUCUGCUGCCGUCGCCGCAGGGCCCGGCUAAUGCUAACGCUAACGCUAACGCUGAGAAUAAAACCGUCUCCGUGGACAACGAGCGUUCCGGCCCUCCGCAGGCUGAGGUCACCGACCACGAGUACGCUCAGCGCGCCUCAUCGGCGGCGGGCGGAGUCUCUGCAGCCUGCGACAGGAAGCAGCGGUGCACUCGGAGGCCGCAGCGCGGCGGCAGCGAUGUUAAAACAGAGACGACAGAGAGUUACUGCCGCUGUUCGCAGUGCGGGAUGAUGUUUCCAAACUCUCAGCGGCUCGCCGACCACCACGGGAAGUCUCACCCGGCGUGCUCGGUGUGCGGCGCCGUGUUCACGGGCAUCCUGAGGCUGAACGAGCACGUGAUGAAGGAGCACGGGCUGCUGCCGUACGGCUGCGACUUCUGCCCCAAGAGGUUCAACCACAAGUCCCACCGCGACCUGCACGUGAAGGCGCGGCACACGGGCGAGAAGACGUGUCACUGCGACGUGUGCGGCAAAGGUUACUCGUCCGUCAGCAUGAUGAAGACGCACCGCACCACGCACUUCGACAAGACCUUCACCUGCGACGUCUGCGGCAAGAGCUUCUUCCACGCCGGCCACCUGAAGCGCCACGCCGCCGUGCACCAGGCGGCACGCCCGUUCACGUGCUCCACCUGCGGGAAGGGCUUCAACCAGGCCGCCAACCUGCGCGCACACGAGGCCGCGCACGCCGGCGAGCGCCAGCUCUGCUCCGUCUGCGGCAAGAGCUACCGCUUCCUGAAGAACCACGUCAUCAGCAAACACCCGCACGAGCCGCUCGCCGCCGAGCCGCCGGCCGGGGACGCCGCCGCCACCGCCGUCGUCUGCGAGGUGUGCGGCAAGAAGUUCCCCCACCGCUCGCUGCUCAGGAACCACCAGCGCAGCCACACGGGCGAGAAGCCGUUCGGCUGCGACGUCUGCGGGAAGAGCUUCCGCCUGCAGCAGCAGCUGAAGCAUCACCGCUACACGCACAGCGGCGAGAAGCCGUACCGCUGCUCGCUCUGCAACAAGACCUUCUACCUGUCCACCAGCUUCCUGCGCCACCGCAGCAUCCACAGCGGAGAGACACCCUACAGCUGCCUCGCCUGCGGGAAGAGCUUCCGCCUGCUCACCUUCCUGAAGGCUCACCUGCAGACCAAAGCUCACCUGAAGCAGACCGCCUCUGACCUCUGACCUCUGACCUCCGACUGACCCAGAGACACUGUGAAAUGAUGAUGUUCAGACUGUGAAGAAUAAAAGUAAAUAACGUGACGCGACUGAUGAGUCGGCGUUUUUGUCUGGUGUGUGUGACGGAACACUGAUUUUGAUUUUUUUUUAGUUUGGUUUCUAAAGUACAAAUAAAUGAUGUGAGGACAAUAAGUCGUCAAUGGACCAAU